AUGGCUCCCAUGGGCAUCCGCCUGUCCCCGCUUGGGGUGGCCGUGUUCUGCCUGCUGGGGCUCGGCGUGCUCUACCACCUCUACUCAGGCUUCCUGGCUGGCCGCUUCAGCCUCUUCGGCCUGGGCGGCGAGCCGGGCAGCAGCAGCGCGGCAGGGCCGGCGCCCGCGGCCGAGGGGGGCACGGUGGACCUGCGCGAGCUGUUGGCUGUGUCUGUCCUGGCCGCGGUCCGCGGUGGCGACGAGGUGAGGCGCGUCCGCGAGAGCAACACCCUUCAGGAGAAAUCCAAGGGGAAGACGCGGGAGGGAGCCGACGAGAAGAUGACCAACGGCGAUGUGCUGUCCAACCGCAAGAUGUUCUACCUACUCAAGACUGCCUUCCCCAGCGUGCAGAUAAAUACUGAGGAACAUGUGGAUGCAGCGGAUCAGGAGGUUAUCUUGUGGGAUCGUCAUAUUCCUGAGGAUAUCUUGAGGGAAAUAACUGCCCCAAAAGAGGUACCAGCAGAAAGUGUUACUGUGUGGAUUGAUCCACUUGAUGCUACACAAGAAUAUACAGAGGAUCUUCGAAAGUAUGUCACUACUAUGGUGUGUGUGGCUGUAAAUGGCAAACCUGUGCUAGGAGUCAUACAUAAGCCAUUUUCUGAAUAUACAGCGUGGGCAAUGGUAGAUGGUGGUUCAAAUGUGAAAUCCCGCACUUCCUACAAUGAGAAGACCCCAAGGAUCGUUGUGUCCAGGUCCCAUUCCGGAAUGGUCAAACAGGUGGCUCUUCAGACUUUUGGAAACCAGACUACAAUUAUUCCUGCUGGUGGUGCUGGUUAUAAAGUUUUGGCACUCUUGGAUGUGCCAGAUAAGAGUCAAGAAAAAGCUGACCUGUAUAUCCAUGUGACAUACAUCAAGAAGUGGGAUAUAUGUGCUGGCAAUGCCAUCUUAAAAGCCCUUGGGGGACACAUGACUACCCUGAGCGGUGAAGAAAUCAGUUACACUGGUUCUGACGGCAUUGAAGGAGGACUUCUUGCCAGCAUCAGGAUAAACCACCAGGCUCUGGUCAGAAAACUCCCAGAUCUGGACAAGAUAGGACACAAUUAG